AUGUCGAACUCAUUGAUCCCCACUUUCAUCCUCGAUACAAACCACGAAUGGCUAUCCGAAAACCGUGAUUGGCUUGAGUCGUAUCCUGAUGUCGCCAGCGCACUAUGUGAUAAGUCCUCCCCGCUAUGGACCAGCCCAUCCCCUGGACACGAGAUCCCAACCAAUCUCUUCAGCCGCAUCAACAUCGAUAAUAAUAAAGUUGGUGUCGACCGGCUGGGAUGGGAUAAUGCCGUUUCGCGCCUCAACGAAUUGCGCAAUUGUACUGCUGCUCUCGAGGACGUUAGAUACUUGGAUGUAUGCAUUUACGUACAUACCGGCCAGUUCUCUAGCCCGCUCGUUGACUCAGAAAUGCCAUCUGAACUACCGGGCUUGUUUGCGGAAGUUUUGGCAUCCAUGCCGCAUUUAGAGAGAUUAAAUUGGGGGCUUAACGCAGAGCACACGGUAGCUUUCCGAGACGAGUUUUCAAGGCGGAAUUUAACGCUUCCUAGUGUUCGACACCUAGUUCCUGGAGCACAGAGCCAUUACCUUCUAUCCAUGUGUCCCGGCCUAGAAACUCUAGAAGCUGGUAGUUUCUUCCAUCAUGCGAGCUGGAAUGAGGGGUAUCGCUCGGGCCAUGAUUCGAGGUCUGAUCUAGUGCGCGCCGCCUCUGCCGUGAAAGGUAGUCUCAAAGAGUUUUUGAUGCUAGGUGACUGGACACCUAAGAGACUUGAAGAAGUCUUGGAGGCUAUGCCUAACCUAGUAAAAUUGACGAUGCAGGGACCAUUGGACUCUGAUAGAUAUCGGCUCGAGGAAGCAGAUACCAAACCUAAGGAGGAUGGGCAACUUCUCAAGAAAUACCUAUCCAUAAUCUCUAGAUUUCCCAAGCUCGAGCAGCUACAUCUACCCGACUCGUCAAAUUUGGAUCUAGGCUUUGAUGGUGGACAUUGGUGUGGCAACGCCUAUGACGGAGAAGGUGGAAGAAGUUACGGACGCUCCGUAGUGAAGCAGCGCGUCGAUACCACUGAACUGGCUGGUGACAUGGUCAUGAGAGCCGCCCCACACCUCAAGAUUCUAAGCAUUGGUGAGACUCAAGCGAACAUCACCCGAAAUGAUAAAGGAGACUUGGAAAUAGUGUGGCCCUGGACUGGAAGGAAGGAAGAAUAUGCAUAUGAGAUUUUCCCCCAGUAA